UGACGGAGGGCUUCCCUAAAUCCUAAUACGCCUGAAUGCCUCAUUAUUCUGGAAGUCACGGGAAGAACCGCAGAACCUCAUCGAACAUUCUGAUAUGUUCUUUCAUCUGUCCAUAAAUCCUAUCUUCUGUGCUUUCUCAAACUCAAACCGAUUCAUCAUCUAGUUCUGGAGACCACGCUUUCCGAUUGUGAUACUGUUCAGUAACCUGCAAAUCUCUCAUUCCAUCAUCGCCGGCGUUGAUCGAAGAUGAGCACGGUUGUGGACGCGAUAUCUCAGCUCCUCAACAUCCCCGGAGCACUCGACAGAAUGAUAUCGCAGGAGGGCGGCGAGAACAAGGGAGCCGGCAACAUUCCGGCCGACAUUCUCGAAACUCCGAAGGAAUACAUUUUCCACCUCGAUGUUCCCGGCUUAUCCAAAUCCGACAUUCAGGUGGCCGUGGAAGGUGAAAACACGCUGGUGGUAAAAAGCAACGGAAAAAGGAAGCGGGAGGAUGGAAAUGAGGAAGAAGGAUGCAAGUAUCUGAGGUUGGAGAGGAAGAAGACUCCACAGAAGUUGAUGAGGAAGUUCAGGUUGCCGGAGAAUUGCAACGUGUCGGCCAUCACCGCCAAGUGUGAGAACGGGGUGUUGACAGUGGUGGUGGAGAAGCUUCCUCCUCAGCCCAAGUCCAAGACGAUUGAGGUUUCAAUUUCCUGAAUAGGCUGCUAGUUGGCUUUGUUACUGUUUCACUGCAGAUGGCAAUUACUAAGAUGGAUCAGCAAACUUGUCUCUGUUUUAGUUCCAUUGUUACAGAUUUUGUGGAUGAUAAUGAGUAGUAUGUUGGUUGGUUCAAUGGUUCUCCGAUAGUCUUUUCUUCUCAUUUACAAUUUAAGAUUUGCUUGUUUUCACAGCAAUUUAAGUUUUUUUAAAGAUUCAGUGUGGGUGGAUAUGAGAUGGCAGUAAUUAGGGGUUUAUACUCCG